AUGAGAGAUUCGAAAAAGCGCGCCAAGAUCCAAACGACAAUCCCCGCACCUGUCGAGAUGGAUGAUCCAGCUCCAGAACCGGUGCCAGCAGCACCGUAUCCCCAGUGGGACGAUAUCCCUGAAUACCCUCAACCCGAGAUAAGCCCCUACACCACCAAAGCCAUCACCAUCACGAUCGGCGACCGCAACUACGCCGUCCCCGAAUACUUCCUCCGCCCGUACCCUGCCUUCGAAGUAAACCAAUGGACCCGCAUCUUCCACCUCUCCGACAUCCACGCCGACGUCGGCCACACGUUCAUCCAUUACCUCUACACAAACACCUACGAGACGACCAAACCGAUCACCCACGUCCAAGAAGACAUCGACAGCGCGCCCCGCGCCCGUGAAUUCCACCGCAGCAUGCACACGUACCACGCGGCGCGUCGAUACGGGAUAACGGGACUAAUCGACCUCGCGAAGACAUAUAUCCGGGUCUUCGAUAUCGACGUCUCAACGCUGUACAUUCUCUCUGUUGCACGGGAGAUCUCGACAUCCCUCCCAGGAGACGAGGUGUGGUUCUGGGAAUACAUCCGGGAGAAGUUGGCGAUUGCAUUCGAAGACGACGAGGCGGGGCUGAGACAGGAUAUUGCGUCCUACGGGGUCGGUCGGGAUCCAUUUGAUGCUUUUUUAGUGAGCUCUGUCCUGGACAUCUAUGCGAGUGCAUUGCCGGGGAAGGUAGCCCUGAACGGGCACCCCCGGGACACGGCGACAAAUAGUGAAGCGGAUGUGUCGGAGGCGUAUGAAUGGGAUUCAGACACAGGGGAGGAGCCGGUCAUUGGGGAGCCUCAUGCAAUUGAUGGCCCUGUUCCUGGUCCUGAGAGUCCGGGCUAUCAUGUUGACGGGGAAGCGGUUCCGGAGUUGGAGACACCGCACUCCCCAGACCCCGUGGCCAUGUCGCCUUCUUCUCCCUCUCCACCACCUGCGUCGCCUCCAGCUGCCGCGGACGGGGACUACGACCCGUGGGCUAAUUGGCCUGUUCAAAGCCGAUACAACGGCGCGUAUAACGGACCAGCAACGGGCGUUCCGGCGCGGUUGACAACCCUCGUGGAACAGGAAGAGCAGUCAGAGGCAGCAGCAGCAGGACCAAAGGUAGAGGUAGAGGUAGAUGCAGAGGCGGUUUGCGUUCCCGUGGAUGAUACGAAUACCAACAAACCGACUGAUGAAUGGGACUUGGGAUUCAGUGUGCCGAAGAAAAAGAAGAAAAGGGGCAGGUAUUAUGAUAUCGCGCCGGCGGCGGAGUAUCCGGAACCAGUGAUUGAGGAGUCGCCGCUUGAGUUAGAACCAGAGCCGGAGCCAGAACCUGGUAUACCGCUUCCUGAACCGGCUGUUCCGGAGAGAGCUGUACCCCCUGCAGAGUCCCCUGUGGGCAAUGGCAAUGGUAAUGCACUGAAUGGGUUGGCAGAUCAGGGCUUCCGGUUUUAUUCGUCGGCGCAGCCCGUCGCUACGGCUGAAUAG